UUGGCCCGCAUCGUGGAAAUUGCGUUUUUGUUUAGCACAAUGUAUUUCCAUAUGGACGACUUUAAACAAAUAUUUAAAGUGAUAAACAUUCAAUGCAUAGAAAGCGGUUUAUGAGCAAAAACACAUUGCAAACUAUGACACGAGUGGCAGAGAUCAGAUCCUAUAUCUGGUCAUAGUCUAUGGCCCACAACUGAUGCAGAGAGUGCUUGAGAUGGCAGAGGGGAUUCAUGUUGGCGAAAUGCCCUCGUAUGAACCAGUCUCAAGUGCUGAAGCAAAAAAGAGGCCGAAUUCAUCUGAUGGAAGUGAAGAACCCAUGAGGAAGAUGCCUGUGUCCAAAUUUGGCCCAAGACCACGAUUUGAGCCGGUACACUUUGUCAGUGGCAGCAGCAGCAGCACUAGUGGACUGGGGCUUGCUGAUGAAAAAGAAAAUGAGAGAGAGCGUAGGAGCGGAGAGGUGAAUAGCAUAAGGCAGAGGGAGCCAGACCAACCACAUAGCACUAGCCAUGGUUAUGGCCAUCCUCCCUCCUCAUCAUAUGGUUUUGACUCUUGGGCUGAUCGUAGAAGCAAGGACAUGUCUUUCAGCAACAAGAGCGGUUAUGGUUAUGGUGGCAGAGGGCGCACCUCAAACUUUAUGGGAAAAAUGCAGCAGGAAUACACAUCAAGAUAUGAGGCACACAGUGCAAGGCAGGCAAACUCGCCUCCUCAAGCAAGCCGAUAUGAUGGCUAUGCAGGAGGGAGGUCUGGACGUUGGGAUUCUGGAAGGCAUGGCUUGGGUUUUGGACAUAAGGAUAGACCAUCAUCUAGCAAAGGUUUGUCUAGAGCCUAUGACAGCCCAAGCAGAGCCAGUCCUGGCCUGCUCCCUACACCAUCAAUACCAACCCCAGUUGCUCAAGCUACAGUUGAUGAGAAGCAAAGAUUAUUGACCAGGGUUAUAUCUGCUGUAGCAGUCACACUGCGAGACCCUGCAUUCAUUGGUGGACCUGAUGGUCCAAAUUACAAUUUCAUCCUCAGCCGGAGCAUUCAGGCUUGUAAAACUAACCCUGAGUAUAUUUAUGUUAAUUUGAAAGAUAUUCCACCAUCUGACCUUCCUAAGAACAAGAAAGUACCAUGUGAGGGCUAUGCCUGUGAGUUGAGAUGUUCUGGCCUGUAUCUUGCAACUGGCUAUUCUGGCAGCAAGAACGGUGCCAGGGACCGUGCAUCAGAGCAGGCUGUGAAACUUGUCAUGAAACCAGUGGAGGUCCGUGUAGUACAACGUAUAUAUAAGCGUAACUACGUAAAUGACUUGGUAGUGUGCCAGUUAAACACACCCACUCCACCUUUAGUUCCACCUCUACGUAACCCAGAAGACAGCCCACCACCAAGUACAAAGGGUCAGUAUGUGCCUGAUAAAAGCAAACACUGGACAGAGUUUGUCAUAAUGGAAAAUGCCCAUGAUGCUAUAUGUAUCCUCAACAAUUCUGCCGCAUAUAACCGUAUGAAAAUUGACUAUAGCUUUGAUCCCGUCCCUAAUAGCACUGCAUGGGUGUGUAGUGUAUACUUGCAAGGUGAACUUUUGGCUCAAGGCAGAGGGACAAAAAAGAGCUCUAAACACACGGCGGCUGAGGAGGCUGUAAAAAAGCUCCGGAUGAACCAGGUGGUUCGCCAACAGCAGGAACAACAGGAUCAAUACCAACAGCAGCAGUUCUCUCAAGGACCCCCCAAUGCUGAUCAGCCUGUUUGUGGUUUUAGCCAAUAUGGUGGGCGAAAGAAACAGCUCAGUGAACUGGUGAUUCUAGAAAACUCUGAUAAUGCCAUUUGCAUCAUUAACGAUACUGCACAGUUCAACAAGGUGUCUGCAGACUACAAAUUUACAGUGCUGGCAGACCAUCGCUGGCGAUGUGAAGUCUAUAUCGAGGGUCAAUUUGUGGCCGAAAGUAUUGGUCCCAAAAAGACUGUUAAACACACUGCAGCCGAGGAGGCCAUUGCUACACUAAAACGUACACAAGCUGUAGUGAAGUCAAACCUUAGGAAGGAGGGCAAUGUAGACGCCAUUUCUCGAAAUCAAAUUUUGGCUCGUGGAGGGGAGGAAGCUACAAGUCAGGAAAUUAAAGAGGACAAUAUUGGUAACCAGUUGCUCCGCAAGAUGGGCUGGACAGGUGGUGGGUUGGGUCGAGAGGGAGAAGGCAUAGCCGAACCCAUCAUGGUUAAGGAACAGUUUACUAGGGAAGGACUUGGUAUGGACAUAGAGAAACAUGGUCACCUGACGAAGCGUGAUAUUGAGGAAAUGAUACGUACUUAUGCUUGUUCUGAGCGCCAGGAUGAUCUACGAUUCUCCACCGAGCUUAAUAAUGACGAGCGUAAACAGAUUCACCAGGUCUCCCAAAAAUAUGGGCUAAGGAGCAAAUCUUAUGGCCAGGGAAGACACCGUUUCCUUGUGGUUAGCCGGAGAGUGCAAAAGGAUCAACUGAUUGGCCAAUUGCUUCAAGAGGGUCAGGUGGGACGAUAUGAGCUGGUCAAACCUCAGGCCCCUGAAUGAUUGACUACAGAGAUCCCUACCUGUGACCAUGAAUAAGUAGAGCAUAUAUGCUUAUUGGUUUGAAAAACAAUUUAAAAUGUAUUUUCCAAAAAAAAAAAAAAAAAGUGUUCACUAACAGUUGCUUCUGCCUUCCUGGCAGGAUGAUCAUUUUUUUUUGUUUAUAUUACCCCACCUCACAUAUUGCCAUAGAUUUUCAGAAAUAAUUUGAGCAAGGCACUAUAUUGUACACAAGCUACUUAAUAAGAUUAGUCAUAACUUGUAUCCUGUAAUUUUUACGGACAUACAUGUUGGUAGUAAGUUCUAUGGCAGCAUGUCCUAUCAAACAUUCCAUUUUCAUAAACAUUUCAUGAUGGGUAGCACGUUAUGUGCUGGAUCAUUAAAAUGCUAUUAAAAAAAAAAAGUAAACUAGCAGAACUCAUGAAAAGUUUUACCGUUUCAUGUCCAAUUACAGUCAGGUAACUAUUGUUAAUGUUAUUGUAAAAACCCAAGGUAUCAUUAAACACUAGUUAUCUAAACCACUCUCCCUAGACCAAUGCCUGAGCAGCAGUUGUGCUUUGCUCACAAAUAUUUUUGUGAGAUCUAUUGUGUUUGCUUGUUGUAUAUUAAAGGACUUAAUCUGGUCAAUA